CGGCAGUGCCGAUAGCUACAUUCCUACGAUUCUACGAAGACACGUCGGUGUGAAUUUGUUGUUCAAUUCAGAUCUAGUUUUCAUGAUAUUUUGGUCAAUAAAUUCGUCUGGAUUUUAGAAUAACAUCAUCACACACAAAGAUACAUGAAUAAGAAUGAGUUAAACCAAAAAGAUCAACGCACGUUUGUAUUGAGUUACCAUGGCUGCCAAAUUUGGAGACAGUACGUUUUCAGGUGGAGGAAGUCAUUUAGGUCGAGUAGACCCAAGAAGAUUGACACCAUUUAUAUUUUUGCUUGUGGCAACAAAACUCCUGCGUGCAUUGGGACUAUUCAUUGCCUAUGAUGUUCUGAAGACCGUACAUUUAACACUCUUUGUGUUCAUUAUAAAAUCAGGGUGUGCAGGUAUUUUUCUGGUGCUUCAAAAACCAUUUUCUUCAGGAAAAAGAGUAACAAAGCGCCAAUGGAUAAGGAUCCUUAAACAUGCAUUUGGCAGUACAUUGAUAACACUGUUGUGGAUGUUUGGCCUCAGAAUAUGUGGUCCGGCAAGAACUAUAUUAUUAUUUGAACACUACGAUGUUGUGAUCUUAGCAGCUGGGGCUGCAUUGUUUACUGGUGCAGGAGGGGGUCCAUCAAGGACCAGAGGAGCAUUUUUACUGUUGGUAGCCAUCUUAUCUCUGCUUCUGUUUGAUGUGGAUUUGAAGGUCAAGGAGGUCGAGCAUCCUGAGGGGCCUCAUAGCAGUGCAAUAACUCAUCUAUUUUACAAGAUUAUAUCAUGGCUUGGGGUGUCAGAUCAUAAGGGUGGGGUAUUGUUACUGGUCUUGGUUGCAUGUGUAAAUGUAGCUUUUAGGAAUGCUUCACGCACUCUGUCUGUGGACAUAGGUGGUGCCAAGAGGCUACAUGCAUUCUCCACAUUACUGUCUGCCAUUCUUCUAUUUCCUUGGCUGCUGUAUCAUUCAUUAUUUCAUGAAGGUUUACAAGAGUCAUAUAGCACCCUCAUAGUCCCUUUCUUAGCAGUCAUCUUGUUCGUAUUUGUUAUUGAUUAUUAUAUUGAUGCUGUAUCAAUCAAUCGUUUGGACAUUUUCAAAACGGCUCGCUAUGGCUCCGUCAGCAUCUUUAUCUGUGCUCUUGCUCUGAGCUGGUUGUGGGGGAAACACGGGGCUGAUGUUGUCGGGAACCUAAGCUCUGAAAUGAAUGAAGACCAUGGUAUAUCUGGUGGAUUUGUGUUCAGCACCAUUCUUUUUAUACUAGGAACCAAUAUUCUUGCCACUGCCACACCCAAGAGCAAAGGGAACCUGAUAGGGUAUUCCCCCGGAGGAAUGCCUCUGUACAGCUUCAGUGGCGAUACUCUGAAGAGGACAUCGCAAUCUUUAAUGUCUGUUUGUAAACAUUUUCUCAAGAAAACAUUAGAGGAGCAUGAUUCCAGACAGAUUUUCUAUUAUUUAUGUAUAAAUUUGAUGUUCACCUUUGUUGAGAUUAUAUAUGGGGCUUGGACCAACAGCCUUGGAUUAUUAUCUGAUGGCUUCCAUAUGUUAUUUGACUGCACAGCUUUGGUUCUGGGUUUGACAGCAGCCAUCAUGAGCAAAUGGAAAAGCACAAGGAUAUUUUCAUAUGGGUAUGGUAGAGUUGAAAUACUGUCAGGGUUUGUGAAUGCUUUGUUUUUGGUAGUUGUAUCAUUUUUUGUCUUCACUGCUGCACUUGGAAGACUACUUGACCCACCAGAAAUCAACACCGAACGAUUAAUGACUGUUUCCGUUGCUGGAUUGUGUGUCAACUUGAUCGGAAUCUUUGCGUUUCGCCAUGCCCACACACAUGGACACGGCCACUCGCACGGUCAUGGCCAUUCGCACGGAUCAGGUCGGUCAUCUCCAGAUCAUGCCCAUGCUCACAGCCAUGGCCAUAACCAUGGUGGUGGUGGGGGAGGUCAUGGUCAUUCGCAUGGUGCACAUCAUGGCCAUUCACAUGGUGCUAGUGGUUCGCAUGGUCCAAGUUGCUCAGGUGGUCAAACUCAUAAAAAUACAAACAUGGAAGGUGUUUUCCUCCACGUCCUGGCAGACACGAUGGGAAGUGUUGGUGUGAUCAUCUCAUCAUUCCUUAUUGAUCAGUUUGGUUUGCUGGUAGCGGAUCCCAUCUGCUCCAUCUUCAUUGCUGUCCUCAUCUUCCUUAGCAUCAUGCCACUCUUGAAGGAGACUUCUAUAAUUCUCCUACAGAGAACACCGGUUGAUCUGGAAAACAAUAUACUUGAAGGUCUUAAAAAGGUGAAGGUGAUUGAAGGGGUACUGUCUUACAAAAACCAGCAUUUCUGGCAACAGCACUCAGCCGUCGUUGCUGGCACACUGCAUGUACAAGUUGAAUCAGAUGCUAAUGAACAAAAGAUUAUACACCAGGUCAGUGCAAUAUUCAAAGAAUGCGGCGUACAGAACUUCACAGUACAAAUUGAAAAGGAAGCGUACUACCAUCAUAUGUCAGGACUGAGUGCAUCAUUUGACAACAUGAUGAAAAUGACAAAACAGGUUGAGAUAAUGCAACAUAGAGACGAUCCAAAUUUUGAUAUUAAAACCAUUUGAAAUGAAUUAUUAGAAGAGACAGGCCAUCAUAUAUUGAGAUCAGAGGAGACACUGAAAUAAAGAGCAAAAGGCAAAGGCUGGGAUGAGAAUAGGCUUGAAAGGGGUUGAGAAAAUACAUGAUGAAUAUGGACCUAGAUUUGAGAUUGAAACCAUCUGGAAGACAAGCCAUAGAUCUUGAGAUUAAGCUAGAUACUGGAAUAAGGAGCUAAGGCACUGAAUGAUGAUGGGUUUGAAAGGGAUUAAAAAAAGUGCAAGAAGACAUUUAACCUAAUUCAAUAUUAAAACCAUCUAAAAAAAGUAAACCCAGUGAUAAAGAUGGAAGUAUUGUAGUUAGAUACUGGUGGAGCAGGUGCUGUAUGAAGAACUGAGCCCUAGACAGUUGAAAACCUGCAAAAGGAUGAUGUUUAGCCUACUCCAGUGCAACCAGGAUGAGGCUAGCUUUUUUAUGCUGAUCUAAAACAUAAAAUACAAAUCCUAAUAGUAGUUAAUUAACGGCAGUUGAUAAAUCAUGAAUUAUUUUGUUUUGGAAUGAUAUUAUUGCUUUUUUAUUAUUUAUUUGUUUUAUCUUUAAUAAUUCAGUAUAAUACCUCCAUGUUUUGUUGGAUAAGGAUAACAGAAAAAUUUAAGGGACCAAUUAAAUGCAAAAGAUUGUUGAGCAAGGUUCAGAAUCCAAAUUCCUCUUGCAAACAUACCAAGUGUAGGUAAUUUUAUGCUCUGUUAAUAUGCAAAUUUCAAUAUCAACAUUAUAUAACCAUAUAUGGAACUCUAAUUAGAGGCCAAAAAGAAUAGUUUUACUUGCACGUCUGUGUCGAAGGUCAGCAAAGUAUGUAAACAAAUGAUUUGGCUACCACUGUACAUACAUGUGAUAGGAUAGAUUAUUUGUUUAUGGCAUAUGGCAUGUGCAAUUGAAAAUAUCAGAAGGCAAAUUGAUUGCCAGGUAUUGUAACUAAUGAACUUAAUGCACUUUUCAAAGGGAAUCGAACAAAAGUAUGAUAGUAAAAUAAUUUAUUAUGUUUUACAAUAUUGUUAUUGUUUGUAAUCAUGUUCUGUGGCAGAGUAUAUUAUGGUCAGUGGCAGAUUGAGAAAUUAAAAAUAGAGGGGGCGCUGGUGAGGGAUUUUCACAGGUGGCGGUUAAAUACCACCUCAGCCGAGGUAUGACAAUUUAUGAUUAUGGCACCUCUAGAUGGCCAGAAAUGGCACUAUCAGACUUAAAAUUUGAAUAUAAUUUCUUUUUUCUCCAUUUUUUUUUUAUUUUGAAAAAUUCAAAGGAGGAGGGAGCUGUGCUGGCUGGAAUUCCACUUGAAAUCUGCCACUGAUGGUAGUCUCAUGCAUAUAAUGUUAUAUCUGGAAUUUUAAAAUAUUUUCACUUUGUGCUCUGAAAAGCAUAUAUUUUUGGCAACUCAACUUUGAGCAAUACAAUUCCCACAGUUUGUGAUAUUCUAAUGUUUUAAGAUAAUUUUGCCUGAGAUAAGAUGUGAUAUGUGAAUUAAAGAUAUUUCAUUUAUAUAUA